AUGUCCUUUGCGACCGCGAGCACACGCGCCCUCUCAAGGCCUGCUAGCUUCUCUUUGAGGACAAAUGCGUCCUUCAAAUCGAGCCGAGCUCCCCGAUGGGCAACUUCCACUACACUGCAUUCGACGGCAUCGGAUCCUGCAGAGAUGGAAGCCAUGCAAUGUCUAGAACAGGGGACCCAGAAGCUAGAGGAGGGUGACAUUCAAGGCGCCAAAGAACUUUACAAUCGUAGCGUCGAAAUUAAGCGCAACGCUAGCUCUCUGUUCAACUUGGGCGUCACGCAUUAUCACCUCAAGGAGUUUGACAACGCCAUUGCGGCUUGGAAAGAGUCAAUAGCACUGCAACCCGCUAGUGCCGAUGCUCACACAAACCUCGCAAGCGCAUACAUAAUAUCUCCUGUUGCACGUCCUGACCUCGCUUUGCAUCAUCUCCAUAUUGCGGCUUCCCUCUCACCGGAAGACCCUGAAAUCGCCUUCAAUCUCGCCGCAGUUUUGGAAGCCACUGGGCAACUCGAAGAGGCUCUGAAGCAGUAUAAACGUGCCAAAGAAUACGGCGUCGAGCGUGCCGCAAUGCAUAUUCGGAACGUUAGUAAUUCGAAUCUCGAUCGUGAGCGCAAAGAUUCUAGGCAAGACCAUAAAAAUCGCGGAAAACACGGAUAG